AUGGGAAGUACUUGCUGCCAUAAAUAACCACAGCCAAUCUCAUCUUAGGGUAAACGAUAAAUACUAUCUUAAGCAGAGUUAGUUUGUGAUAAUAGCAAUCUUUCUAUUAUUAAAAAGUCGAAUCACAAAGAAGAAAGUCCAGGCGAACCACCAUCGAGAUUGCCAUCUUAAAGUUCCCCUAUUCCUUAGGUAUAUGAGGGGGUAUCUGCCCUGAAUUAGAUGAAAAAUCAAGUGCCUGCCUUAAAAUUCAGCAAUACCAAAGGAACUUUUAAGGAUGAGAGACAAUUGAAGGAUUCGAAGGAAUCUUUUGAGCCUUCCGAAAAAUCAGAUUAAGUCGAUGAAAGAAAUAAGGACAUGGAUGUAAAGUCGCCUGAGGCGGAAUAAACUCCAAUAGAAAAAAUAGUUUAAGCAGAAAAAUUGGAGAAAUAAAAUGAAGCAUAGUAAAAGCAAUAAUAAGAUACGGGUACCAAGAAAUCUCCAGCGGCUUCCUCAAAAACAGUUCCAAAUGGUCCCAAAGAUCAAAGUUCAUGCAGAAAAUCGAGUAUGGCUUCAGUGGGUUCGGUGUCUGUAAAAUUUGGAGUGGAAUUAUUCGUAAAUUUAAAAAAACAAUCAAUAACCAAAGUAUACACUUUAGGUUAGGUUUUGGGCUAAGGUGCUUUUGGAAAGGUUUGGAAGGUGACACAUAAAACUACAGGUAUUGAGAUUGAACUAAAUUUUGUUAGGUUUAAUUAGAGCAAUGAAACAGAUUCGAAAGUCAGAAUUAAUUAAAGAAGAUGAAUAAAAAAUGUUUUCCGAGAUGAACCUAUUAAAAAAUCUUGACCAUCCCCACGUUGUCAAAUUAUACGAAUUGUACCAAGAUUCUAAUAAUUAUUAUCUAAUCACAGAGUAUGAUUUCCAUGUAAACUAGAUAUUUAUGCGGUGGAGAGUUGUUUGAAAGAAUAAAGAAAAUGAAUUAAUUCAGUGAGAAGAGAGCCAGUGACUUAAUGAGAUAAAUAUUGAUGGCAGUUGUCUAUUGUCAUGAUUAGAAAAUUGUUCAUAGAGACUUGAAGCCAGAAAAUGUCCUCUUUUCUGGUACAGAACCAGAAGCCUUACUCAAAAUAAUCGAUUUUGGAUGUUCAAGAAAGUUUAAUUCUCAAAAGAACAUGACCAAAAGACUUGGAACAGUAAUUAUAUGUAUAUAAAUCAUCAUCUAGCCAUAUUACAUUGCUCCAGAGGUUUUAAAUCACAAUUACAAUGAGAAAUGCGAUGUGUGGUCAUGUGGCGUCAUUUUGUACAUCUUAUUAUGCGGGUAUCCUCCAUUCACUGGAAAAAACGAGAAUGAAAUAUUCGAAAAAGUGAAGACAGGCAAAUUCAAAUUCCCGAGUAUAAAAUACAAAUUGAUUUUGUUUAGUUGAGGAGUGGGAUUCAAUAAGUAGAGAAGCUAAGAACUUAAUUCAGAGAAUGCUUCAAGUGGACGUGAAUUCAAGAUAUUCAGCAACUUAAGCUUUAAAUGAUCCUUGGAUUUAAAAGCAUGCUCCUAAUACCUAGAUCAAUAAAAAAGUGCUUGAGAAUCUGGCAUAAUUCCAAGCAAAAAGCGAAUUUCGAUCUGCCAUCGUCCAAUAUAUAAUUAGUCAAAUGACAACAAACAAGGAAUUGGAAGAUCUUUAAAAGACUUUUCAAUCUCUGGAUAAGAAUAAAGAUGGAGUAUUAAAUAAAGCAGAAUUAGUAGAAGGAUAUACGAAGAUAUUAAAAAGCAAAGAACAGGCAGAAGAAUAUGUUGAAAAGAUAAUUUCUAAGAUUGAUAAGAAUUAAUCAGGUGUAAUUGAGUUUAAUGAAUUUUUGAUGGCUGCAAUCAAUGAAGAAAAGAUAAUCCCAAUUAAGAAAGUCGAAUAGGCAUUUAAAAUUUUUGAUUCAGACGGAGACGGAUACAUUAGCAAACAAGAAAUAGAAGAAGUGAUGGGCGAAUUGAAUGCAGAUGUUUGGAAACUAUUUUUGGAAGAAACAGAUGGAAAUAAUGAUGGCAAGAUAUCCUAUGAGGAAUUCUCAAAAUUAAUAAUGAGCAAAUGA